AUGGAACUCAACUACACAGGUGUUGCCCCUAUGGCGUAUGCCUUCAAAAUGGUAUCAGGAGAGGUCCAGCAGCACAUGCUGGGCUGGAACAUUCCAGAGGAACACCAGGAUCUUGUCCACGAGCACUGGCGCCAGUUUCCCGCUGUCGACAAAUUCUCACACUAUGUGCUCGCGUUGAUUUACUUCAUUUUAAUGAUAUCAUCAGUCACUGGAAACGCAUUGGUCAUAUGGAUUUUCAGCACGUCAAAGUCCUUACGCUCCGCGAGUAACAUGUUCAUAGUAAACCUCGCGAUUUUCGACCUUACCAUGAUGUUGGAGAUGCCCCAUCUCAUAGUGAACUCCUUCUACCAGAGGAUGCUGGGUUACAAGCUGGGGUGUGACCUUUAUUCCGUGUUUGGUUCUUUAUCAGGAAUAGGAGGCGCUAUUACCAACGCUGUGAUUGCUUACGAUCGAUUUAAGACAAUAUCUUGCCCAAUCGACGGCAGAAUUAACAAAGUACAAGCAUCGAUCCUGAUCGCCAUAACAUGGAUGUGGGCUAUGCCGUUCACCCUUCUUCCUUGGAGUGGGGUUUGGGGCAGAUAUACCACGGAGGGCUUCUUAACAACUUGCUCGUUUGACUUCUUGAGUGAAGAUCAAGAUACCAAGGCUUUCGUCGCGUGCAUUUUUGUUUGGAGCUAUGUCAUACCCAUGAGUCUGAUUUGCACCUUCUAUUCGAAAUUAUUUGUUGCGGUACGUCAUCACGAGAAAAUGCUGAAGGAACAGGCCAAGAAAAUGAACGUUAAGUCACUAGCGUCGAACAAAGAGGACGGCGGUAAGAGCGUAGAGAUCAGGAUAGCGAAAGUGGCCUUUACCAUUUUCUUCCUCUUCAUCUGCUCUUGGACACCAUAUGGAGUUGUGGCAAUGAUUGGUGCUUUUGGGGACAGGUCUUUGUUAACGCCCGUAGUGACAAUGAUCCCAGCUGUGUUCUGCAAAGCAGUCUCGUGUAUCGAUCCAUGGGUAUAUGCUAUCAACCACCCUAGAUUCAGAGCUGAACUGGAAAAGCGGGUACCUUGGCUGGGAGUCCGGGAACCAGAUCCCGAUGCGAUUUCCACCAAUGCAAGUACAGCAACGACCGCCGCUGAUGCCUAA